AUGGCGGACGACGACCGACUCCCCACGCUCUUCGCCUCUCUCCCUCCCUCGUCGAACUACUUCUCUCUCGAGUUCUUCCCGCCCAAGACGUCGUCAGGCUUCUCCAACCUCCAGUCUCGUCUGGCGCGCAUGGCCGCAGCUCUACGGCCGCUAUUUGUGACGGUGACCUGGGGCGCGGGCGGGUCGACCGCGACCAAGUCUCUGGAGUUGGCCGAAGUGUGUCAGAGACAAUUGGGCCUGACGACCGUGCUGCACUUGACAUGUACGAACAUGAAGAGGAGCAUGGUUGACGAGGCACUGGAGAGUGCAAAGGAGGUGGGAAUUCGAAACAUCCUGGCUUUACGAGGCGAUCCUCCGCGAGAAGAGUACAGAGACACCAGCGAAGGAUUGGCGACAGACAGCAACGAGGAGUUCGUGUGGGCAGCCGACUUGGUACGAUAUAUCCGUCGGCAGUACGGCGACUACUUUUCCGUCGGCGUUGCCGGCUAUCCUGAAGGCCAUGCGGAUGAGAGCAACCCUGAGGCUGGGAAGCAGAGUGUCGAGCACGACCUGCCGUACCUGGCAGAAAAGGUUGCGGCCGGGGCGGACUUCAUCAUGACUCAACUUGGCUACGACAUCAAUGCCUACCAAGCGUACGAGAAGAGGCUUCGGGGCUACGUGGACACGGACGGCAACAAACUCUUUGCAACAAUCCCCAUUAUCCCCGGCUUGAUGCCCAUCCAAAGCUACCAGAUCAUCAAACGAAUCACGAAACUGAGCCACGCCAAGAUCCCCGAAGACAUCUCGCGACGGAUCGAAGCGGUGAAAUCAGACGAUGAAGCCGUGAAGAGGGUCGGCGUGGAUAUUCUCAGUGAGCUGGUGGACCAGAUCAAGGCUCUGCCACAGCCCGACGGCGUGCCGCGCGGAUUUCAUUUCUACACCCUCAACCUCGAAAAGUCGGUGGCUUUUAUUGUCGAACGGACCGGGUUGACCCCGCCCAUAUCAGAACCCGAACCCGAAUCUAGCCCCGGCGACCUGUCUGACUCGGACGCCAUAGCGAACGACGAGGUCAAGACCGCCAGUUCGACCUUAUCCAACGGAGCCGCUGCCGAGACGGGCAUCUUUGUGCCGCCCACCAAAUCUGGAUCCUUGGCCAAGCGGAGAACGAGCUCGAUCAACGCACAGCCGCACAACAGAGUGAUUCUGGAGGAAAAAGCGAGACGACAGGCCGAGAAAGUGGCGGCGGCGGCGGCAACGUUGAAGCAACAUGUCGCACCGGAUCGAGGCACAGGAAUCCCCGCCUCAGACCCGACGAGGAGACACAAUCUCAUGAUCUCGGAAGGUCAAGGCGCCUUGGGCCGAGAAGCGACCUGGGACGACUUUCCCAACGGCCGCUGGGGCCCUUCGCAUUCGCCGGCCUUUGGUGAAAUCGACGGCUAUGGUCCCACGCUGAAAGUUGGGCCCAUCACGGCUCGCCGACUCUGGGGUCAACCCAAGUCACGGCAGGACGUGACGGAGCUGUUCCGGCGGCAUGUAGUAUGCGAGUUAGAGGCGGUGCCCUGGAGCGACGAGAUCGACGUGGACAGCGGGGCGCCCGCGGCUCUGCGCGCCGAGACCGACGUGAUCCGGAACGAGCUGCUCGCUCUGAUCGAGAAAAAGGGUUAUUGGACUCUGGCAAGUCAGCCUGCGGUCGACGGGGUCAGGAGCGACGACGAGACGUUUGGCUGGGGACCGCCCGGUGAGGGCUUUGUCUUUCAAAAGGCCUUUGUCGAGUUCUUCUGUCCGCGCCAGGAAUGGGAGCAUCAUCUUCGCCCGCUUCUGAUCAAAUAUGGCUCUGAGCAGGUCGGAUGGCUGAAGACGGAUGCCAACGGGGUCUUUGAGUCCAGUGAGCAACUGGAGGCGGAAACCCAGAGACGGUCUUCCACUUUAGGCGUGAAUAGCCACCAAGUGACGCCGUCGACAGGGACCAACGGCAACGGCGGCGGCGGCGGCGGCGUCAAUGCUGUCACAUGGGGGGUCUUCCGCGGCAAGGAGAUUGUGAGCCCGACCAUCAUCGAAGCCGAGAGCUUCCGCGCCUGGGGUGAAGAGGCGUACAGCGUCUGGAGCGAGUGGCGGAAAUGCUUCCCCCGCGGGAGCCAGGAGGAGCAGUUCCUCGAACGCAUGCGCCAGGAAUCAGUGCUGGUCAACGUCGUCGGCCAGAACUUUAUCGGGGGGCAUGGAGGGCAUGGCGCCGAAUUGUGGAAGAUUCUGCUGCAAGACGAGAUACAGGAGAGUCGAGACGGUGGAGAAUAG